AUGAGUGCGACAGACGGCACGCUAGUCGUGGGAGUUGACGUGGGAGGAACCAACACCGACAGCGUCCUGCUGGACGUCUCCAAGUCCAGCACGGAUGCCGUCCUCGCGUCUCACAAGGCGUCGACCACGUCCAACGUGACGCUCUCGGUGCAGGCCACCCUGAAGGCCCUGCUCGACGAGUCGACCGUGGACCCGGGCGACAUCACGGCGCUCGCCAUCGGGACGACGCACUUCCUCAACGCCAUCAUCGAGAGGGACACGUCGCGCGUCGAGAAGAUCGCCGUCCUGCGCCUCGCCUCGCACAACUUCUCCACGGGGACGCCGCCCUUCGCCGACUGGCCCUCGGCCCUGAAGCGCAUCAUCAACGGCCACUCGGCCAUCAUCCCCGGCGGCUGCAACAUCGACGGCACCCUCAUCGGCCCCAUCGACGAGGACGCCGUCAGGGACCAGGCGAGGCAGAUCAAGGCCAAGGGCCUCCGGAACGUCGCCGUCGUCGGCAUCGGCUGCAGCACCGACAAGGACUACCGCCAGGAGGACAAGGUCGAGAGGAUCCUGCGCGCCGAGCUGGGCGAGGGCGUCAACGUCGUCCUCUCGCACCACAUCGCCGGCCCCGGUCUCCUCGCCCGUGAGAACGCCACCAUCCUCAACGCCUCGAUCCUCAACUUCGCCCAGCGCACCAUCCGAGCCUUCAUCGGCGCCAUGCGCCGCAUCGGCCUCCGCUGCCCGUUGUAUCUCACCUCCAACGCCGGCCACCUGCUGCCCUUCUCCGAGGCCAUGCAGGCGCCCAUCCGCAUCUUCUCCUCCGGCGCGACCAACUCCAUCCGGGGCGCCGCCUUCCUCGCGCGGGACUCCAUCGACAGGUCCGGCAGCAUCGUCGUCGACAUCGGCGGCACCACCUCCGACGUGGGCUACCUCCUGAGCAACGGCUACCCGCGGCUCUCCAAGAGCUACACGGCCCUGGCCGGCGUCAAGGUCAACCUGGAGAUGCCCUCGGUCGAGAGCAUCGGCCUCGGAGGCGGCUCGAUCCUGCACACAGGCGGCGGCGGCGGCGGCGACGACAGCUCCGUGACUGUCGGACCGGACAGCGUUGGCCACGACCUCGUCACCAAGGCCCUCUGCUUCGGAGGCGACGUGACGACGGCGACCGACGUUGCCGUGGCUUCUUCCGGCGCCAGCAUCGGCAACACCGCCGUGUCUCUGCCGGCCGAGGUCAUCGACAAGGGCAAGGCGCGGAUCCGGAAGAUGCUGGAGGCCGUCAUCGACCGCGCCAAGCUGUCGCCCGAGCCGUGCACCGUCAUCCUCGUCGGCGGCGGUUCCAUCCUCUGCCCGACGGAGCUCACGGGCGUCAGCAAGGUCGUCGUGCCGGAGCACGCCGGCGUCGCCAACGCCAUCGGCGCGGCCAUCGCCAAGAUCUACGGCUCGGCCGAGACCAUCGUCCACGGCUCCGACAUCCAGGGCGGCAUCGCCGAGGUCAAGGCCGAGGCGAUCCGGAACGCGGUGGCCAAGGGCGGAGACGAGCGCUCCUCCGUGACGGUCCUGCACGAGGAGGUCGCCGGCGUCCCUUACGUCGAGAACCAGACGUCCAUCAAGAUCGAGGUCGCCCUGCCCGCCGACCACAAGCGGGUCUACUCCGAGAUGGUGAAGACGGCCGCGCCGGACGAGCUCGUCGACGAGGAGAUGUAUGAGGAGACCAAGACGCACGAGUCGGCGGAUUCAGGCGGUUACCAGGAGAACGACGACAACGACGACGAGGCGGUCGACCUCGGGAGCUACAAGCCCAAGGUCGAGGCCAGCGGCCUGUGGACGCUCUCCGACACGGAUCUCAGGUUCCUGUCCAUCGGCUGCUACAUCCUCGGAUGCGGCGGCGGCGGGUCGCCCUACGCGUCGUACCUGCAGCUGAGGCAGCUCCUGGCCGAGGGAGAGUCGAUCAAGAUUGUGCGCAUCGAGGACCUCAAGGACGACGAGAUGAUGCCGCCCGUCGCCAGCGUCGGCACGCCGGCGGUGAGCAUCGAGCGCCCCGGGGGCGACGGCGUGUGGCACGCCAUGCAGGAGAUGGAGAAGGAGAUGGGGACCAGGUUCGAGAAGCUGAUCGCCACGGAGAUCGGAGGCGCCAACGGCGUUGCCACGCUGAUCUGGGGCAGCUCGCGGUACUACGACAUCCCGACUGUGGACGGAGAUAUGAUGGGACGCGCGUACCCCCAGUUCGAGAUGGUCUCGCAGUACAUCCACGCCAAGUCCAUCAACGAGCUGCUCCCCGUGACCCUCUGCAGCGGCACCGGCCACAACGUCGUCAUCCCGGCCACCCAGACCGACGAGACGUCGGCCGGCAUCGCCAUCCGGGACGCCUGCGUCGCCAUGGGCUCCGCCGCCGGCGCCUCGGGCCGCCCGAUCCCGGGAAAGCUCAUGCGGGAGGUCGGCAUCCCCAACACCUACUCGCUCGCCUGGCGUCUCGGGCGCGUCGUGGCGCUGGCGCAACAGCGGGGCACCGUGGCGAGCGUCACCGGGGACAUCAUCGAGGCCGCGGGCGGGCCGGGGAGCGCGAGGGUGCUGUUCCAGGGCAAGAUCCGCGGGGUCGAGAGCACCCUGACGACGACGGCGCACAGCCUGGGCAAGGUGACGGUCGAGAGGCUGAGCGAGAGCGAGAUGGAGACGGAGACGGACAGGGUCGGGGAGGGGCUGCGGGAGGUUGUCGUGCCCUUUAUGAACGAGAACCUCGGUGUCCUGGGCAAGCUGGAGGACGGGAGCGAAACGAUCCUUGCUACUGUCCCCGACCUCAUCUUCCUCCUCGACACCUCCACCGGCGAGGCCAUCGGCGUCCAGGAGUACAGGUACGGCCUCAAAGUCGCCGUCAUGAUCAUGGCGGGACACCCGCUCUGGGCGACGGAGCGCGCGCUCGAGAUCGCGGGGCCCAAGGUCUUUGGCCUGCCGCACGACUACGAGACGACGCUGAGCUACACGAAGCCCGCGAGCGUCAUUGACGAGUUUCGCCAGGGUUAG